UGCCGGUGCUUGUAUAUUUUUGCCAUUACCAACGCGCUCAGUUAUUUAGCUCAAAUUUGGAAAUUAAAUCUGGUGGCAAGGACACACUGACAGAGCACCGCUGGAAUUUUUUUUCGGAUAUCUGAUCGACCAUUGACCGGUUCAUAUCAGUUUCCUCAUUACAGCGAACGAGAGAAGGUGAAAUCCUUUAUCAGCAAAGCUGCACAGACAAACAGGCACCCAAGACGAAGACUUGGAAUCUCAUCUUCUGCCACCCAAACACACACACUCUCACACACGCUUCUCUGCUCAGACACACACACACACUCACUCACUCACUCACUCUCUCACUCACGCAUACACACUCCUGUGAUGAGCCACCCUGCGUCCAUGCUGUGGCUGCUCCCCUUCACCUUGCUGCUGGCCCUGGCUGCCAGGCAGUCUGCUGGCCUCUUCCUGCCCCAUUCCAAGGAGCUCCAGGCUCUGCUCAGCCGCUAUGCCAGCGAGAUGGAGAACAGCACCCUCAGCGGCGGCUCCGCUGACCCAGAGAACCCCAGCCACUCCCGGGUCCGCCGCGCCAUCCCCUGGUCCGACCGCGAGGAGAUCCUCAAGCUUCACAACAAGCUGCGCGGCGGAGUCUACCCGCAAGCCUCCAACAUGGAGUACAUGGUUUGGGAUGAGCAGCUGGAGCGUUCUGCCACUCACUGGGCCCACCAGUGCAUCUGGGACCACGGGCCCUCAGAUCUUCUCAUGUCCAUCGGACAGAACUUGGCAGUGCACUGGGGCAGAUAUCGUUCUCCAGCCUACCAUGUGCAGGCCUGGUAUGAUGAGGUGAAGGACUACACCUAUCCCUACCCUCACGAGUGCAACCCCUGGUGCCCCGACCGAUGCUCCGGACCCAUGUGCACCCACUACACCCAGCUGGUCUGGGCCACCACGAGCAGAGUGGGCUGCGCUGUACACACGUGCGCCCGGAUGAACGUGUGGGGAGAGAUCUGGGAGAACGCCGUCUACCUCGUCUGCAACUACUCCCCCAAGGGCAACUGGAUCGGGGAAGCCCCCUACCAGCAUGGGCGCCCUUGCUCCCAGUGCCCACCCAGCUACGGGGGAGGCUGCAGAGACAACCUCUGCUACAAGGGAGAAGGCCAGCGUCAUGAGACGGAGGACAUGAACGAGGUGGAGAGGCAGGUGCCCGUCCAGCCCCGCGUCACCACUCCCAAGCCCAAGCCCAAGCCCAGACCCACCCCUGCCAGGAGGCCUGUUGCCAAGCCCUCUACCCCCAGGACCACUACAGCCUUCCUGGCCCAGAAUGUGAAGUGUGAGACUAAGAUGAGGGACAAGUGCAGAGGAGCCACCUGCAAUCGGUACAAGUGUCCCGCUAACUGCAUGAACAAGAAGGGCAAGGUGUGGGGCACACUGUUUUACGACGUGCAAUCAAGCAUCUGCCGCGCAGCCAUGCACUAUGGGGUCAUAGACAACAAUGGGGGAGUGGUGGACGUUACGAGGAAGGACAGACUACCAUUCUUCGUCAAGUCAACAAAGAACGGCAUUGAGUCUUUCAGUAAAUACAAAGUUGGAAAUGCAUUUACUGUAGCAAGGGUAGAGAAGCAAUCAGUGGACUGCUAUGCUACGGUUGGGGAGCUUUGUCCGUACAAGAAGCCGCACACACACUGCCCAAGGGUGUACUGUCCCGCACACUGCAGGAACCAGCCGUCCUACUGGGCUCCGGUGGUUGGAAACAGCAUCUACACUGAUAAUUCCAGCAUCUGUCGAACUGCCAUCCAUGCUGGCGUGAUUAAGGAUGACGGAGGCUACGUGGACAUACUCUCCCUGGAGAGCAAGAAGAGCUACGUGGGAGCCCUUAAGAACAACAUCCAGUCAGAGAGUAAGAGCCAUCAUGACGGAGGCUCGUUCCGGGUAUUUGCCGUGAGGGAGUGAAAGCACGUGCCUAAGGUACACCUACCCAUCCCCUCCCGGAAAGAAAACCUCCGUUGAGGAAGAGGAAGAGAAGUGUCCAUGUUUUUUGGAUCCUCCUUAACGUCCGUCAUCAUCUGGAUUCAGUCCACACUUAGGGGAGGAAGGCUAUGGAAUCUUGUACAGGAUAAAUGGAUUCCCCUUCCUGGUCAAGUCAAAAGAGUGCACUUUUCUCUUUUUUCACAUUCGAAAUAAGAGAUUGGCCAACAUCACAGGAAGUGACCCAACAAGAACGGUCCCUAAAUCUGUCACCUGUAUUUUUUUCAUACUACAGAUGUUUAUAUUUCUAAAAGGUUUUAGUCUGGCAUACAGUUGAUACAAGAUUACUGUGUGUUUGCUAUUCACAUUUUAACAGCAGUGCUGGAUUUAUAAUAUGUUUAAAAAAAUGUCAGUUUAAAAAUCAAAUAUUUUUUGGCUUGUUUUUUAAAGUCAUUUUUAUAAAAUUAUUUUUGUUCACAUUAUGAAUUGAACUUGUAAAUCAAAUGAUGAUCACCAUACACAGGAUUGUAUAAUGAUCACUCUAUUUAAUCCUUUUGUACAGACUUUUUAUGAUUGUUUAAAAUAACUGCUAACUGCUAAGCGUUUAUAGCUUUAGCAUUCCAACUGUCUUCCUUUUUCUGUUUUCUUUGUUUUUUCCCCCAACUGUCUCAGCUCUAUAGUCGUUGGCAUUUCAUUUUUUGCUGUGUGAGAGAGUGAAUGGUGGUGUGAAUGGGUUUGUUUGGUCGGGUUCAGAAGUUUCUCCAUGAGAUUGUGUUGAGUAGGUGGUAAAAAAAAGAGGGGAAAAGAAGAGAAGUGGGUAAGGGGAGGUAAGGAGGGAGGGAUGGGGAAAUGGAGGGAGGGAACAGGGGCAUGCCUCCAAGGAAAAGAAACCUUUCCUGAACAACCCCUCCAUUCCGUCCAGAAUCAAUAGUGUGCAGACAUCUUGGUAAAGGUGCAUAAACAUUGUAACAGUGCUCCUACCCCUUUGAGGCUCUGCAAGUGCGUGUAUGGGCAGACAGCAUCCAGUGUGGUACUGACGCUGCUCUCUCAGACACCCGGCUAAUCAAGACGCAUUGUGCCAAACAUAUAAACCAAAUAUAAAUCUCGCCCAAGCAUGUAACACCCUGCCCCUGCUUACUCAGUGAAAUGCAAUCGUGUAGUAAUAAUAAUAGAAAUUCCUUAUUUCUCCCAACGGAUCAAGUGAAAAUGUAAAAAUCUUCCUUUAUAACAGACAGGAUCAUACAUCAAAACCAGAGUUUCUGUGUCAUGGGAGUAAUUGAGGUGAAAAUAGUCUGUGUUUCGGAAAAAUGAUUUGUAAUACUAGUCGGUUAGUCUUGAUCUGUAAACCUUGACUUUGAAGGAAGGUCACGCAAUGAUAACAUUGAUGCAGGAGGUAAGGAAAACAGUAUUUGAGCUUCACAGUAAGCUGAUUCAAACCUUUUCCUUGUCUCCUGUUUCCCUGUCCAUCAUUUAUGUCCUAAGGGCCACUUUUUUGGGGAAGGAAGCGAGCACAUGUUAACAUGUCCGUUCACAGGAGAGCAUGGCUCUGGUCCUUCUCUCCUAAUGGGCCUGCCUGGCCAUUUGAACUCUCCACACUGCUCCCUGUCUGCCUCUUUCUUUUCGUAUCGGCUACCUCAGUCCUGUCGCAGCAUUUAAAUAAAAAAAAAAACUUUUAUGUUGUUUGCUAAUAGGGGAUGUAUGGGUUUUUGUACAGUUAUGGAAAUUGUUUACUGUAAAUACUUUCUUGUUUUAUAAAAUGUCUGAUGUAAAGCUGUCUUUCUAUGGUGCGUUAUGGGGUAUCUAUGUCUGGUUUUAUACAGACAAAGGAGGGUUUUGUAUUUUU